AUGAUAUGGAGUACUGUUAUUAACAAAUAUCAAAAAUAUCAUCUAUCUCAUUUUUUAUUUUUUCUUAUCCUCCUUCUUUAUUCAUUUAUUGGAGCAGGAAUUUUUUGUACCCUAGAAAGAGAUAAUGAAAAAAAUAAUUUAAUAAAAAAAAAUUUAUUAAAAAUUGCUAAAAAAAAUAGUGCUAGAGAUAGAUUAUCACAUGAUUUACAAUAUUAUUUUCAUGGUUAUAUUAAUGUUACAUUAUUAUUAAGUGAAUCAUUUUCUGAGAUACUUGAUAUUUAUGAUAAAAAUAUGGAUUAUGAUAUGCCAAUUUUAAAUUAUUCAGAAGAUGAUUUUAUUAUUGAAAAAUGGACUUUAUGGGGUGGUUUAUAUUACUCUGCCACUAUCUAUACAACAAUAGGUUAUGGAGAUUUAUUUACACAAACAAUUGGUGGUAAAAUAGCAACAGUUAUUUAUGCAAUAUUUGGUAUACCACUUGUUGUAACAAUUCUUAAUAAUUGGGGAAGUGGAUUAUUUCAAGGAAUACGUAUAUUAUGGAAACAAUAUUUUGUUUGUUAUAUUAAAAAAAGUAAACAAUUUUUUCAUGGAAGAAAAAAUUUAAAUAGUUUAUUAGAUGAUGAAAGUUCAACCUUAACUACUGAUAGUGAUAAAAAACAUUCAUUAACUUAUUUAUUUAAUAAAUUUAUUAAAGAAAAAGGUGUAAGUAAUGAUGAAGAAUUUGAAGAAGGUUUACCUAUUACAUUAUCAAUUUUUAUUCUUAUAUUUUGGAUUACCCUUUGUGCAACUGUUUUUACAUUUUUUGAAGAAUGGACAUUAUGGGAAAGUUUAUAUUUUUUUUUUAUUAGCCUAACAACUAUUGGAUUAGGUGAUAUAACACCUACACAUAAAGUAGCUUGUAUGAAUUUUUUACUUAUUAUAAUGGGACUAUCAGUAGUUUCAUUAUCAAUUAAUAUUAUUCAAUUGCAAGUGGAAAUAAUUUUUGCUAAAAUAAUUAAAUCAAUAGAGUUAGACUUUAAAAAUGCUUUAACAUGUGAUAGAACAAAGUACUCACUUACUACUGAUCAUCUAGGAAAUGGUAUUGAUGAUAUCGAAAAAGGUAGAAUAUCUCAUACAUCUUCACAUGGUUUGGUUGAUUUAACAAAAAACAUGAGUACAUCAGAAAAAUUUAUGAUGAAAUUCAUGAGUAAUCAUAUGAAAAAGUUACUUAAUGAGAGAAUUGAUGAAAAAUCAAAAAUGAGAAACAGAGGAAUUCAGACUGAUGACAAUAAAAGAACUAUAAUGAUACAGACAGAUGUUAUUAAAAGGUUAACAGAAUUAGAAAAACUGGCAACAGAAGGAGGUGGAGAAUCAGAUGAGUUGGAGGAAAUCCCUCAAACGGGUAAAAAUUUUAAAAAAAAAAGAGGAAGCACAUAUAAAAAAAUGUAUAUUUAUAAUGUUGAUGAUUAA